AUGGUUAUAAUUGAACUUAUUGGAAGUAUAUCAUUAGCAAUUGCUCUUGUUAGUGCUGUUGCUUUUGUAAUUAUUCAUAUUAAAAAUAAACAACAUGAUGUAACAUUUAUUCAUGAUGAUACAUUGAAUAAUAUCGAACAAUCAGAUAUAAUAACUAAACAUUUACAAGAAGAUAUCAAUCAAUCAUCAUUAAUUUUACCUUUUGAAGAAUUCAAUCAAGAUAUUGCGGUAAAUUCUUCAUCGAAAACAAAUAGUUCUAAAGAAUUAUCUAUAAUUAAUGUCAUUAAUAACGGUGAAAUAUCUCCAUUUUCUAUAAAAUAUGGUAUACAAUGGACAUUACCUUUAAAUCAAGAUAUUCAACCUGGAGUAAUCAAAUCAUCAUCAUAUAUCGUAAAAACUUCUGAAUUUGACCAGGGUGACUCAUUAUCAUUUAAUGAUCAAACAGUAAAUGUACGACAUUUAAUUGAAAAAUUUGAAAAUAAUUCAAUACGAAAAACUUAUGGAAAAGAAAAAAAUAAUCAAUCUGAACCUGAUUUAACAAGUAUUGAUACAAAUAUUGAUAGUCAAACAGUCAAAAUUGAUUUUAAUCAAAAUCAACAAAAACUUUCAUAUCAUUCAUCACUAUCAAAUCUUGAUGUAACAAUGCCAACAAAUCUUUCAUCAUCUAUUGAUCUCGAACAAUUUGAAUGUUUUUCAACGACAUCAAAUUUAAGCGAAUUUUUAAAUAAUAAUUAA